CACACGCAUACUUACAGUUCUGUAAACCAGUUUUAGCUGACUUUUGAGAUGCAGCAACUGACCUACAGAAUAACCAAGUACUUAGCUAUAAGUAUGACAUUGUGCACUCACUGUGCAUUGACAAUGAAUGAUUAAACUUUCUUAGUUACUUUCAUAUCAGUAAGUAGUUAUGAGUACUUGUAAAACUAAUAGUAUCAAAUUAAUAAUUCCAGAAUCCUGUGUUUAUAAUUUCAUUAUCUAUGCUGGACGUUGUGCGUGUGUCCAUAUGUUUAUUAUCUGAUCCUUGUAUUUAACUGUAUCAGGACAUGUUAGAGCUGUUAUUUUGUUUGUUAUUCAGGUUAUCCAGGUUACCCAGAGAAGAAAGUCUCCAUGCUGCUUGGCUCAGAACUCUCGGCACACAAGACCAUCACCUGCCUGACCCUGCUGUAGUCUGCUCACAGCAUUUUUUAGAUGAAGACUUUUCUGAAACAAAGAGUUGUGUAAGGCAGAUUCGCUCUAAUGCUAUACCUACAACAGUGCAGAUGUGCAUGAUAUGCCUGGACACUGAUAGUAAGCUCUCUCUAAUGAGUAAACACAAGUUGGAGGAGACAUAUGAACAGCUAACUGGACUGUCUUUGUUUCAGUUGUGUAGUGGAGGAAACCUGAAGCAAACACUCUGUGUGCUGUGUGCUCAGAGAUUGAUUAACUUCAGUAGAUUUAGAGACUUGUGCUUGAGAGCCCAUUCACUGAUGACAGACUUACUUGCACAAGAUGAAUCAAUUACUAUUCAACAUAAGGAACUGAUGAACUGCGCAACAAAACAUCUGCAGUGUAACUUAACACAGACAACAUUAGGAGCAGACUACUGUGACUUGUACAUAGAUCACACUGAUGAAGAGGAACAGACAGCAGCAGAGGAAUCUGUAGUGAAAGAUGUUGCAUCAGUUGUGGUGAAGAAUGAAUACAGUUCUGUUUCCCUGUCAAAUGCUGAUAACUCUACAUUGGUACACAAAGAUGACAAUGACAGAGACCGUUCCAACAAUGACUGUGUCUUGGACGAUGAAUACUCUGACAUGAGCAUCGAGCUGGAAUCUAGACUACUGGACGAAGCUAUAGGUGAAGCUCUUCAUAACAAAGCAACAGCUUGCUGGGCUGCAGUCACAGAACAUGCUGAAACAGAGAGUUCCAUAAAGAGUGAAAGUGUUGUCUUUGAAUGUUCAUUUUGUGAUAAGGAGUUUCUGCAAGAAAUUACAUACUUGGAACAUUUAAGCAAACAUUCAUCAUUCAUUCAGGUAGCUGGCGGCGAAGCUGCAUGUGAUGCAUCACAAGUGUGCGAGCCUCGUGCAGCUGUGAGCCGCAGCGGUGACUCACUCGUGCUGCAGAACAAGACAGGAAGUCGGAGGCUGAAUGAUGUCCCUCCCCCGGCUGCAGACUGCGCUCAGGCUUUAGUCGCUCCACUGUCCGCGAGACUUGCGGCAAAUAACGACUACAAAGUGCAGGCAACUGAAGAAGCAGCUGCGAUCCAGAAAACUGAACAAAUCCUUGAGACUGACAUUGGCGAACUGAACAAGCAAUCAUCUCAGAGCGGCACUGAAAUAUAUACAGAUAUAAAUAGAUUCACAAACUGUGUAGUACAGUUAUAUGAUAUUUUCAAGAAACCCAAAAAACCUGUACUAGAUGAGAAUCCACGCCUGAAAACCCACACUGAUGCAAAGCCUUAUUCUUGUGAGAUGUGCAAUUAUAAAUGCACACACAAAAGUAGUUUAAGGCAGCAUAUGAAAACUCACACUGGCGAAAAACCUUUUUGUUGUAAGGUAUGUAAUUAUAAAUCUGCACUGAAACAUCAUUUAUUAAAUCACAUGAAAACUCACAAUGGCGAAAAGCCUUUUUGUUGUGAGAUAUGUAAUUAUAGAUGUGCACAGAAAGAUAAUUUAAAAAAACAUAAAAGAAUCCACACUGGCGAAAAGCGUUUUUCUUGUGACAUUUGCAAUUAUAAAUGUAUACAGAAACAUCAUUUAUUAUAUCACAUGAAAACGCACACUGAUGCAAAGCCUUAUUCUUGUGAGAUGUGCAAUUAUAAAUGUGCACGUAAACAUCAUUUAUUAUAUCACAUGAAAACGCACACUGGCGAAAAGCCUUUUUCUGGUAAGAUUUGCAAUUAUAAAUGUACAGUAAAAAGUAAUUUAUUGCAACACAUGAGAACGCACACUGGCGAAAAGCCUUUUUGUUGUGAGAUUUGCAAUUAUAAAUGUGCACAGAAAGGUGAUUUAAAAAAACAUAAAAAAAUCCACACUGGUGAAAAGCCUUUUUCUUGUGAGAUUUGCAAUUAUAAAUGUGCACGUAAACAACAUUUAUUAGAUCACAUGAAAACGCACACUGGUGAGAAACCUUAUUCUUGUCAGAUUUGCAAUUAUAAAUGUAUACAGAAACAUCAUUUAUUAGAUCACAUGAAAACGCACACUGGUGAGAAACCAUUUUCUUGUGAGAUUUGCAAUUAUAAAAGUGCACGUAAACAUAAUUUAUUGCAACAUAUGAAAACACACACUAGUGAGAAGCCUUUUUGUUGUGAGAUAUGUAAUUACAGAAGUGCACACAAAGGUGAUAUAAAAAAACAUAAAAGAACCCACACUGGCGAAAAGCCUUUUUGUUGUGAGAUUUGCAAUUAUAAAUGUUCACACAAAGGUGCUUUAAACAGACAUAAAAGAAUCCACACUGGCGAUAAGCCCUUUUCUUGUGAGACAUGCAAUUACAAAUCUGCAGAAAGAUGUAAUUUAUUGCAACAUAAAAUGAGAAUGCACACUCAAACUAAGUCUCAGUAAUUGUAAUAAAAUAGAAAAUGAAGCGAUGGCUCGAUCUGUGCGUAUGUGUGAAUUAACAAAAAACACAAAAACUUGAAUAUUUUUCUGAUCAAAUGUAGUUAUUGUAUCCAAAAGUGACCCAAGUGUUGAUAGACUCUAAAGUGCAAACAUAAGUCACAGUUGUACGCUAUUGUCAACUGUACGAAGUGCAACUCGUACGCUGCUCCCUUCACCCCCUCGGGUAAAUGAGCGGGGCUCGUAUUGUGUGAGUCGCUCUCACUGCAGUGAUCGCGAGCGUUGCCCAGUGGCCGGAUGUAAAGAUGAGUUCACAACAAACCACGCUUAGCGGAUAUCUCAUAAGCGGCAGCGGAGCUUCUACGAGUACUUAUCAAACUGUGACGAAGGAGAUACAAAAAAAAGUCGUGCGACCUAGAAAACGAAAGGAUCGGUCAGCUGAAAACGAUUUUCAUAUGUAGUUUCACAUUCAUAUUACCAAUUUUUGUCAACAAUUUGUUGACACUCAAAAUGAACGUUAACUUAAUUUUGAGUAACACGGCAAGAUGUUACGGAACUAACAAAUAUACUACUAAACUAAACUCAAAAUAUACUGCACAACAACAAGAACUUAACAAUGUCCUAAACCGUUGAGUACUAUACGUCUUGGAAAAUAUUUAUAGGAGUAGACCUCUCAAAGUGUGUUUGUUGUUGAUGUUGUUUUUGUAUAGACAGAGAUUAGAGACAGAACGUCAUCGAUUGCAAAUAUAAGACAAUCUGUAAUUGAUGAUGUUCUGUGGUACCAGAGGGUAACAGUUGUGUACUGAAGAUUGUACGCCUUAGAGAUAUUGGAGAUAUGUGAUUCUAAUUUAUAUAUAUUAAAUGCAUAAGUGUGC